CGGCUCUGCAUCUCUCUGUGAAGACAAGCAACAAACGAAGAGCCUGCUUUGAACUACCUGCAGUGAAACUCGGUUUGCUUAAAGAAAUAAAAUUGGCUCAGGAAAAAGGAAUAAUAAUACUACAAUUCAAAUGUGAUGAAAAGAUAGCUUACCAACUAAACCAGAACUCCUUUCCGGGGAAAGUUUUUCUUCGUCUUCUGAUGAAAUGUGUGGCACGCUAGAUGCAUGUCAUAGGCACAACUGCCACCUACAGCUGUUGGUGCUUCCUGGUCAGCUGAUUCUGACGGAGCAGACAGCAGACCGCUAGUAUCCUUAAUGAUUAUCCUGUCUCAUCGUCCUGGGCAGCGUUUGAAAUGAAAGUAUCAACACCGUGAAGGAGCCAACCGAAACCCUGAAUACCCUGGAUUAACAGCUGAAUCUUCUCCUGUUUUUGUUUUUCAGCAUCGGGCUUUGGAUCUUGUGGAAAACAGCAGAGCGUGCCCUGUCUCCUGCUUCUCUUCACCUGUGUUUACUGGAAAGUUCCUCUCCUCUCCUGGCUUCUGAGGCCUUUUUCCAAAUUGCAGUGCCAGAAAGGACGCUGCUGUGAAAGCCACAGUGUCAUACUGAACUGGAUUCAAUGAGGGAGCCAGAUCAGGAGGAGCAGCCUGAAGACAACAUGCCCCCCAAGUUUAAACGACACCUCAACGAUGACGAGGUCACCGGGUCCAUUCGCAGCGAGAGGAGGAACCUACUUGAAGAGGACUCUGAUGAGGAGGAAGACUUCUUUCUGAGAGGACCCACGGCACCCAGAUUUGGGCCUCAGAAUGACAAGUUCAAGCAGGUGCAGUCGCAGGUUGACGAGGUGAUCGAUGUGAUGCAGGAGAACAUCUCCAAGGUGAUAGAGAGGGGCGAGCGGCUCGAUGACCUGCAGGACAAGUCGGAGAGCCUAUCGGACAACGCGUCUGCCUUCAGUAGCCGAGCCAAACAGCUGCACAGGAGGAUGUGGUGGCGAGACAUGAAGAUGAAGCUGAUCAUUGCAUUGGUAGUUGUGGCUCUCCUGCUCAUAAUCAUCAUUCCAGUGAUCCUGCGAUACCGCUAGUGUCUGAAGAGAAGGGUGGGGGAGAAUUCUCCUCUUCCUGUUCUUCCUUUUAUCUCUCUCUUUUGCACACAGUCCUCCACUCCAGCUAGGGGGCGCCAAUCACCCUCCUCAGUGUCAGCCUGUGUACCCCCAAGGAUCUGACCUAAACUCGCCCUUAGUACCGAUCUUAUCAUUUGUAUUUCCACAUAAAUCUGUUGGGAGAUCAGUACUAAGGCUUGGUUUGACCUUUGAAGCUUCAGCAAGGGGACACAGGGGACUUGUGGGGAUAUUUUAGUGCAAUUUGGGAGUAAAUUACCCCUCUAGUCAAUGUGAAGGAGUGCUCCAUGCCAUGAAACAUAUCACAUGAAGGGCCCUGUCUUUUCCUCGGUAACGGGGAAACACCUGGUCCUGCAUAUUACACAAUAUAGGUAGAUACUGUAAAGACAGGAAAUCCAUGCCAACUGUUUUCUUAGAUUAGCUGUUAUGAAUCUGCUGCAGCAGCCUCACAUAAAGGGGGCUUUAGCAUUUAUUGAAUGAACCUCAGAUGUCUAUCACAUGCUCUUACCUGUGCCUGAGGAUGAGAGCAUUUAUAGGGAACAUUUUCUGAGCACAAGCACAUUGCUCCGUUCAACACGAGGAGGGCGAACAUCUGAGGCUCAUCUGCAUAGUUGGCUUCUUUUAAUCAUCACAAGGAUAGGAUAUUGAUUUCACCUAUAAGGUAUGUGUCCUUAACAGUGCAGAUGAUUGAAAAAGGGCCUGGAAAGAAAAUCCUACUUUCUAAUUAUUCUGCUCCAUGAAUAGUUUAUUAUCCUCCCCGUCAAACUAAAACACCCAGGUUAUGAAUGUCUCCUUGGCCCUCGACUCUCUUAACAUCUCACCUUCCUCCUCUGGUCUGGUUUGGUCACGGCUGUCCUACUUUCCUGCUAGUGACCGUUUCUCACUCUGCACAUGGUUCAGUUUUAAUAAUGCUUCUGUCUUUUCACAUUAUUUUUAAAGUUCUUCUCUGGGCGCUCGAUGUGCUGCUUGUAUGAAUGCUGGUAUUCCUGUCGCCACUGAGUUUGACUAUUGCUACAUUAUUUCAAGCAGGAGUGAUUUAAUGGAUGCAGGUUAAAAUUCGAGCUGUGAAACAAACAUAGGUGUCAUUGUGUCUGGAUUAUUAAACUGUAUAAUACAUUGUCAUUUUAUUAUUUUUGAAUGUAAUUUAUUUUAGCUGUAAAUAUUGAUACUGUAAUGAUGUACAAUACUCUGGCAUUGCAUUGGAAGACUGUGAUAUACGGAUCUGAUUUGCUCUGAAAUAAAGUGAUAUUAAAGGGCA